UAAAAAAGAGUUACAACCGUACUGUAGCCACGCGAAGGAUUUAAAAACCUGGAUCUAGACGUGGUGCUUAAACUACCAAUUUCUGGAUUUCCCCCAAGUGCAAUGUUACAGAAUUACAGCCCAACAGGUUCAGAUCUCCACGGUCCAGAGUCUCGUGGAAUCUGAGGGUGACGAGUCCGGGAUCACUGUAGGGACGGGGGCUCCGUGGCGGCUGCCGGGAUGUUACGACAGAGCAACAGUGGUGGGAAUAAGCGCUCCCUGGGCAUCUCCCGGCUCUCCAACUCGCACUUCCUGCCCCUCUCCCCAGGCUCGGGCACCUGGGGCGUGGGCCGCACGGCCAAGAGCAGCUCCCUGAGCUCCAUCAGCUCUGGCUCGGACGGGGCCGACGCCCGGGGGGUAGACCCCGACUACAUCAUGCAGCUGGUCAACGAUGUGCGCAAGUUUGCCGACGUGCUGCUGCAUCUGAAGGAGGCUUUCCACUCUGAAGAGAGUCAGGACUGCCUGCACCGAGUGGUGCACGAGCGCCUAGGGGAGCUGCUGAGGGUCCUGAAGGCCGUCAUCGGCAAACACCAGUCGCUGAACUCCGUGGACAUCCUCAGUGCCGCGGGGACCGUCAUCGCCAAGGUCAAAGGUGUGAACUUCAAAGAAGUGAAUGAGGAAAAUAAACAGAAUCUUUUCAGCGAGAUAUACACUUCUAUCGACACAUUGGCGUUUACUUUUGGCAAUGUAGUGUCUGACUUCCUUAUGGGAGAUGUAGACAGCGGAUCAGCACUGGGCCUCCGAGAGACCCGGAGAAGCAGGUCUUUUGAGAACCUCUCAGUGGAGACGGGAGCAUGCGUCCCGGAGAAAGAUGACCCGCCAGGGUCGUCUUUGUUGCCGCGCGCAGAGGAGCUGGACGGCGCGCUGUUGACCAGCGACAGCGGUGUGGAGUCAGCGCUGCUGUACGCCAAGGCCUGGUCCAAGUACACCAAAGACGUGCUGUCCUGGGUGGAGAAGAGGCUGAGCCUGGAUAUUGAAUGCGCAAAAAGCUUCGCUAAAAUGGCAGAAUCUGCGAAGACACUUGUGAGCCAACAGGAGUACAUGCCAUUCCGGGAAAUCUACAUGUCUGCUUUUAAAAAUGACAUUGAGUACAGCCAAGUCCUUCUUCAGACAGCAGCGGCCCUUCAGUCCAACAAGUUUAUUCAGCCUCUGCUUGGCCGCAAGACUGAACUUGAUAAGCGCAGGAAAGAAAUUAAAGACCAGUGGCAGAGGGAGCAAAAGAAGAUGCAAGAGGCGGACAGCGCGCUGAGGAAGGCCCGGUUGCUGCAGGCGCAGCGGCGCGAGGACUACGAGAAGGCACGCUGCUCCACCAGCCGCGUGGAGGAGGAGCAGCUGGGCGGCGGAGGCAAGCAGCUGGAGAAGAGGAGGAGGCUGGAGGAGGAGGCGCUGCAGAAGGCCGAAGAGGCUAGCGACCACUACAAAGCCUGUGUUGCCGAUGUUGAGGUGAAGAAGAUGGAUCUGGCGAAUGCCAAAAGCGAGAUCCUGACGCAGAUCCGCGAGCUGGUGUUUCAGUGCGACCUGACUCUGAAAGCGGUGACGGUGAACUGGUUCCAGAUGCAGCAGGCCCAGGUGGUCUCCCUGCCCGUCAACUACCAGUCCCUCUGCGAGAACGCCAAGCUGUAUGAGCCCGGCCUGCGCUACUCUGAGUUUGUUAGGAGUCUGCCCAAAGACAGAAGCCGGGUGGAGUCCUUCUCCUUCGACAGCCAGGUCCCUCAGAACGCCGGGUUGCCGUUCACUAAGAGAUCGAUGAGUAGCUCCUCUCAUGGCAACCUGUCACAGGUGUCAGUCACCUCGGGCGAUUUCCACAGUGCCGACGAGGUCGAGAGUCCAGUUCACGCGCGGCCGGGGAAGAUGGAGGGGAGGCGAUCCAACAGCAGCACGGACAUCCAAGCGCCGAGGACGCAGGCCACCUUCCGAGCCUGGCCCACGGGCAGUCAGGGAGGGGGGAUGUGCAGUGACUCGGAGAGCGCGGGGGGCAGCAGCGAGUCCCGGUCCAUGGACUCGCCUACCGCCAGCCCAGGUGACUUUAAAAGGAGACUACCCAGGACUCCUUCCACUGGAACCAUGUCCUCUGCAGAUGACCUGGACGACAGAGAGCCGCCUUCCCCUUCAGACAAUGGCCUAAGUGAGAUGGUGACGGAGACAGCCAGCUCUCCCGGUCCGUUCAGGAACGCUCAGAUGUCCAAGGCUGCCCAGACCCACAAGCUGCGGAAACUGCGCGCACCCUCCAAGUGCCGGGAGUGCGACAGCCUGGUGGUGUUCCACGGCGCCGAGUGCGAGGAGUGUUCUCUGGCAUGCCAUAAGAAGUGUCUGGAGACACUGGCCAUUCAGUGUGGCCACAAAAAGCUCCACGGGAGGCUGCACCUCUUCGGGAUUGACUUCACCCAGGCCGCCAAAAACAACCCAGACGGAAUCCCUUUUAUCAUCAGAAAGUGCACCUCCGAGAUUGAAAACCGGGCCCUAAACAUCAAGGGUAUCUACCGAGUAAAUGGAGCAAAAUCUCGGGUGGAAAAGCUCUGCCAGGCUUUUGAAAAUGGCAAAGACUUGGUGGAGCUGUCUGAUCUUUAUCCUCACGACAUCAGCAACGUACUCAAGCUCUAUCUCCGACAGCUCCCAGAGCCCCUGAUCCUGUUCCGUUACUACAAUGACUUCAUCGGCCUGGCCAAGGAGUGCCAGAGCAUCAUCGUGGACCAAGCUGAGGAGCAUUCGCAAAACAGCAUCGAGCUCAACCGGGUCAUCUUCAAGAUUAAGGACCUGCUGCGCCAGCUGCCCCCGGCCCACUACAAAACCCUGCAGUUCCUCAUAGGGCACUUGCACAGAGUGACGGAAAAAGCAGAGGAGAACAAAAUGACGGCCAGCAACCUGGGGAUCAUCUUCGGGCCGACUCUGAUUAAGCCGAGGCAGACGGAUGCUGACGUCUCGCUGUCCUCGCUGGUCGACUACCCGUACCAGGCGCUGAUGGUGGAGCUGCUGAUCCGCCACUACGAGAAGAUAUUCGACGUGCCCUUGAGCCCGCUGUCCACCUCGCCCUCGGCCAGAGAAGGCUUCCCUCAGCCCGUGAAAUUCGCGGAGCCGCGGCUGACCCCACGGGAGAAGGAGCAGCAGCUCAGCAGGCACUCGAAGUCUCUGGUUGACAUCAAAGAGCAGAGUGCUAAAGUAUAUAAAAGGCACUCAUCUAUUAUUCCUACCACUCAUUUGCUGGAUGAGGUUAAAGAAGUGAAACCUGUCCCUGAUGAGAUGGACUUUGCACCCGCUGUGGGUGCAGAUUCAGAAAAGCUUAAUGGCCUCCCGCCUAAGGGCCCCUCGGACGCUUCAAGGUCCACCGUGGUGUUCAGCAGGCCCAAUCACAGCACCACCAAAGUCCAGCUGAGGCCGCCUCGAGCCAAGCUGGUGUCCCGGCCAAUCAGCAUGCCCGUGGAGAGGCUGCUCAACCCCGCCCAGGUCAACGAGAGGAACUCCAGAAAUGCGGCGGAGAGCGAACGCAGCCCCGCCAUUCAGGAGGUGACCGAACCAGAGAAGCCUAGCUCCAGGGUGAGCACCCAUUACCGGAACACUUUCAUCGACACCCAGACCCUCAGGAGGACCUGGGACGCGCAGUACAAGCAUUAUGACAUCACUCCCAGGACAGCUAUGAUCAUGGCCAACGUGUCCACGGAUGGUGGCGCCGGGGACUCCGGCACGACUUUGUCUGUCUCCUUGCCGACUUCUUACGCUUCGGCGACAGGCAUGGCCAGCACCAUAUUCCCCAACAAGCCAUACACCAUUGCCGUGAGGCCCGGCAGGACCUUGAAAAGGGACGAGACCAUCGGCGAGCCCGCUGCCACGUUCCGGGCCUCACGGACAUUGCAGCCCCCACCCGGGACUUUUUACAAACCUCCGCCGAGCAGCAGAGCGAAGCAGCCGGAGGAAGUUGUGGUGAAGAGCUGCGCUGAGCCCUCAGGAGGCACAGAGGAGAUGGGUGCGGGGCCAGAGGAGUCUGUGGAUGGAGUCUCUGUGGACCCUCCUUCCCAGCCUCAGUCUCCCAGCUCCAGCCCGGAGGAGCUCAGCCAAAGCGAAGCCAAGCCAGUGUACCAGAGACUCCGCCCGCGGCGCCUGCAGGAAUUCGAACACAGGGAAGCGCAUUUUGUGUGAUCGUUCACACCUUAUACUUUAUACUGUAAU